AUGAAACGAACGGCAGAUCUCAACUACGACCAUUUGCGGUAUGGAUUUUUUACAACUUUUUUCUUUCGAAUUUAGAUGUAGUAUCAAGUGUAAUAUAAAAAAGUCUAGUUUUUGUUGGGAAGUCGAAUUUUAUGUGAUGACAAGGAAAUUUCUCGAAUGGUCAGCUGACUGGUCAAGUGACAAGUCUGCUGUCUGUUCAGAUUUUUUUGUCUGUGCCAUUUUUUUUGGCUUUCUAUUGGACAUCAGAUAAAAUGUUAAAUUUGAAGAUAAUGUGGAGGUGUAAGGUGUCCGAAACGAUAAUGUACAGCAAGAGGACUUCUUGUAUUUAGAUUUUUUAGUUUUGAAAUUUUGAUGGUCUGGGAAAUUUUAUGUUCAUUUUUUAUUUGCUGACACCUAUGUUUACAUAAAUUUUGAAAUACUUUGGUCGCUAGGUUGGAGAACUCUGUUUUCUUGUUUUUAUAUGGCCCAUUUUUUCUGAAUAAGACAUCUAUAGACUUAUUAUUUUAUUUUCCUUCAAAUUCGAACAUCUUAUAAUCUCCUUCAUAAUAGCUAAUAUCAAAGUUAAGUUUCAGAAAAGAUCCUCCAACUCUUUUCGAUGUGUUCUGUGAGAUCGAUGGGACGGGCUCGGAGCCUCGGAUAAAAUCAAUUUAUCCAGCUGAUUUCGACGAUCAGCGCCUGCUCAAAUCCAUCUGCGAGUUUUCGUUUCCGAUUGGGACCGGCGAUAAUCCGUACGUUGUAAACUUUGUUUCUCCGAAUUUUAGGCUAUCUUUUUUUAUUACAACUGAAAUGUCAAGCGGAUGUUGUUUUCAGGGACACGGGAUACGAUGAUGACAAUGCUGUUCAGAUUUUCACGUUUCUUCUGAUCGAUGGAUCGACUCACUACACUUUUGGCUAUUGUAAAUUCACACCUCAUACGAAAACAUGUACUUGCAUUCUAUCGUAAGUCUUUUUGUGUUGUGUGUUUGGAUUUUAGGUUUGAUUUGGACAAAAAUUUCGGGAUAACUAGACUUUAUUUAUAUUACACUAGACGUCUUAUAUCAAAAGUCGUAUUUUUUGGCAGAGCUUCUCGUUUCCGGAAGGUAUAUUUUUUGUGGUGGAUUUUUGGAGCGGAUUAUUGUUGUAUGGACCAUCUAGACUUUAAAUCUUUAUCCGUUUAUGACUUUUAUGCUAUGCUUGAACACUUAAUCUUGCUUUAAUUCUAGCGGUUAUCCAUACACCUCGCUCUUUUACAAGCUCCUAAAUCAUCUGUCCAUGGUCGAAAGGAAAUGUGUAAGUGUAAAUAACUUUUUUUUUUAAAGUUUUUUACGGAAAUAUGAUUGAUAUCAAAAAUCUUUUUUUUAGCGAGAAGAUUUGGAGUUUGUUCUUGCCAACGCCUAUCAUAUUGAUGUUCCCGGGCCACACCAAAUGCUCCAACUUAUUGAAUGCAAACCGCAAUGGCAUUUUAGACAUCCAAUUCCGGACAUUCGCGCGUUGGCCUCAUUAAAUGACGAUAAAUUGAUGUUGGAAUUUUAUAAUAUUUUGUCGGAGAAGCAGAUGAUAACGUUGUAUACGAGGUAAGCAAGGGCUGAAAAUUAUAUUGGCGUUGAUUUAGAAAUGAUUUGGGAUGAAAUUAUAUUUUUUAAAUUUUUGGUCAUGGAUAAUAUAUUUUUUUGCUUUAUAGGUAUAAAAAGAAUUUUGUUUAUGUCUUUGACAUAUAUAAUCUAAAUCAAAACACUUUCAGCGUCCUAAUGGAGCGUCACAUCAUCAUAACCGGCAAGAAAUUGGGCCAGCUCACCUCGAUUUGCUUCGCCUUGUCCAAAUUGUUGUGGCCCUUUUCUUGGCAAUGCCUUUUCUCGCCGAUUGUCCCGAAACAUUUGUCGACUAUGUUGGGGUAAGAUAUUUCAUGAAUAUUCUUGAGUAUUUUAGGAUUUUUUGAAGGAUUUAGAGCGUUUUGAAACUUAAUUUUUCUUGUUUUAGCGCUCCAUUACCAUAUAUAAUGGGCGUUCCGAAGCCCGUCCUAGAUUCGGUCCGCGAUGUUAGCCUGGAUGAAGUCGUCAUAGCGGACUUGGACCAGAAAUCGAUCAGAACCCCGUAUAAGGACCAACUUCCAUCGGAAGUCCACAAUUUUUUGAAGCAUAAUUUGAAGCUGACCUCUCAAAUGUUCACUUCCGACUCAUUUUCUCGGACGUUUCUGAGGGCAAAUGUGAUCUUGUUUGGGAAAUAUCGACUGGGAUUUACGAGAGACCCUGAAACUAAAGGUAAAUUUUUGAAAAUGUCAAUUUUGAGAAGGAAAAAUUUAUAUUAUCCAUGAGACUUUUUUUUUGGAAAAAGUGGUGAUUUAGAUAGAAAUUGAUAAAUUUUUGAUUUAGUAUGGGCUUGCUAGUUGUUAUGAGAAUUUAGAGACCAUAAGAAAGGUUUUUACAUUUGUUUUUGUAAAAAAUUAAUAAUUUUCGUCAUGGAUAACAUAAAAAUUUGAUCAGUCGACGGUGAGAUUUGAUUUUUUGGGAGCUCAGAGGUAAAAAUUAAAAUUCUGUGGGAUUUAUUAGUCAGCCUUGCUCCAAAAAAUCAGUUUUCUGAGUUUGAUAUGGAUAAUGUCAAAAAAUUUUAUUCCCCAAAUUUCAGCCGUAAUCUGGGACUCUGAAAAGUUUGUGAAUGAAAACCGGUCCAGCCUUCAACCAUUUCUCCGCCAAAUGAUCAUCGAAAACGGAUCUCAAUUUUUUGACGGCUUCAUAACGGAAAGACUAAAGUUGGCCAAUGCCGGCCAAACCACUUUUGAUGAAUUCGAAGCCGAGAUUCAACGAUUUGACAGAAAAGAAUUUAAUUCGAACGUGAGUUUUGGAUAUUUUGAUGGUUAAUUUUGAGAUUUUUUAGGUCUUACAGACGAAUGCUCCGGAAGUUUUCCAAAAUGCAGUGUCCAAUGUGAGUUUUAUGGGAGAUUAGGGUAAAAUACGAGGUGAAAUGGAGUUGAUUGUUAAUUUUUUGAGAUAAAAUUUACUUUUCGGACCAAAAAUUGAACAAUUUUGGCCUAGUAUAAUAUUGGCUAUUGUGAAAAAGUAUAUUCAAGUUUAGGCCUCAUCUUUGGGUAUAUUGUGCAUGCUGGAAUGAAGUUUUAUCGUCGUAAUUUUCCAGGUAAAAGACAACGCCUCCGACGUGCUAGACGCCCUUAAAGGCAAAUACCAAUCAAUGUCAAUUAGAAGCAAAUUUGGCCGUCUGACCCCAAAAAAUGGCCGAAAAUCGUCGAAAAACAAACCCAAAUUGGACCCAUUGUCCGUUGAUGCAUCUACCUUUCAAUUCCACCCACAAUCCGACUCCUCCGAUGAGCCUGUAGCCGAAUCUCCCAACUCGGAAAACUCGUUGAAUUUGAUCGAUUUCUCGGAAACGCCCAGUGAAGAAAACCCGAACAAAAUCCUCAGUCAAAGUGCUCCAAAUCCAACAAAAAUUGAGUUGAAUAGAAGUAGUGGGGCAAGCAUAAGUGGGAUCGUUUCGAAUGGACUUAAUACUGGCAAUUUUUCGACUAAUGGAACCAGUUUUUCCCAAGCCGAGGCUCAGAAAUUGAACCAAGAAGAGCAAGAAGAAGAUGAGCUGGAUCUGUUCGACCCGCUCAAGACGGGCGUUCGCUCCAGACCGAAUAACACAAGCUCUUCGCAGGCCAAUUCGUCGAUGGGUUCAUCUGGCAACUCGUUCAGAGCAUCGGCAUCAGCCUCACCUUCUUCAACAUCAUCUGCCGCCUUUAUGAAUCAAAGUCCGUUGCCUUUUCAAGUCCCACCACCCCCUCCAAAAACCGCGCCACCACCAUUGAGCCUAAAUCCAUUCGUAACGAACACAUUCGCGACGAAUCAGAAGAGCUCCACGGUUGUACCGGCUAACUGGGAAAAGUUUGAUUAA